AUGGCAUAGAAACAAAGCAAGUGGCUAGGAGUUAUUAUUUUAGUGCUUUUCAUUAUAAUUAUUGAACUGGAACCAUUCUAUAGAAAAUCCUUAUUCGAUAUGACUCUAGAAGACGUACCUAGAAUGCAACAAAAGAAAAGACUUUAAAGCUUUUUUGAAGGUGUAACCUUACUUGGUGAGGGGCAAGUACCUAUGGUCGGACUCGUUAUUGUUUUUAACCUCACAAACAAAAUAAGCGCUCUCUACAUAGUUGCUUCAUUUGGUUUUAUAGUUUUUCUUAAUGCAAGCGUCAUGAAAUCUUUCUAUCAAGAACCUAGACCUUAUUGGGUAUCUGAAGAGAUUAAGCCUCAAAAAUGCAGAACUGAUUUUGGAAAUCCUUCAGGCCAUUCAAUGACUACCUCCUUUUUCUGGGUUACUUUAUAUUUAAAUUACUACUUUGAAGUGGGUUAGAAAAAGAAAAUUAAUACCAUAUUCUGCACAGCCUACAUUGUAAAAAUGGCUUUGACAGCAGGCUUAAUCAUAUUCCUGAUGUUUAUGGCUCUGAGUCGAGUAUUCCUAGGGGAACAUAGCUAUAAUCAAGUAUUUUUCGGAACUUAAUUAGGGGUUUUUAUGGCAGUUGCCUUGCAUUAUUGGAUAAAACCGAUUUUAAAAACUCUACCUAAAAAGCUAAGAAACGGUAUGAACUCUGGUGGGAAAAAUGCAUUUUUUAUAAGCCCUAUUUUGAUAGUGUUAGCAGUUAUUUUAUUUUUCAUUCUGCCACUGAGCUUAGCUUAUGGAGCAUGGCAAUACAAUAAAAGUCUUAAAAUUGAUACCAGCGCAUGGGAUUAAAGACAAAAAGUUUUUUGUACUUCAGAGUAAUUCUUAGAAACAACUGCAAAAUUGAAUAGGGGUUUUAUGUAGUCAGGAGUAAUCGGACAAACAGCAGGUGCUGUUUUAGGAUAAUUAGUAGAAAUGAAGUUCUUAAACUUAAAUCUAUCUUAUUACACCUGGAAUAAGACUCAGCCAGCAGUAACAGCCAUCAGAAUUGCACUCUCUUUGAUUAUAUUUUUACUCCUGGGCACUCCAUACUUUUUAGUCAAUACCUAACUUCCUGAAGAUUAAAUCUAUUAUCUGUUAGGAGUGAAGCAUUUUAUACCUACUUUUAUGCAGUCGUUCUUUUUGUUUGCUUUUGCCAGAAUAAUAUUCUAUAAGAUCAAAUUGAUAAAUGAAAUGGCAAUCGGUAGAAUGUUUGAAAAUGAAGAAGUUGAUGGAGAUUUUGGAUCUAUCACUAGCAAAGGCAGCAACUCACUGGAAUUUAUGGAAAUAGAAAUGUCCUAGAAAAUAUGA